AUGCGGCCAUCCAGCCGGGACGAAUUUGCGAUCGCGAUCAUCUGCGCGCUGACCCUCGAGGCGGAGGCGGUUACAGCACUCUUCGACGAAACCUACGACCGAUUAAGCGCGUUCUACAAGAAACAAUCGGGUGAUGACAAUGCCUACUUUAAUGGGAGGAUCGGGUCCCAUAAUGUGGUUCUAUGCCUUAUGCCACGGAUGGGGAAAGGGAAUGCUGCCAGCGUCGCAGCAUGCCUGAAAAUCAGCUAUACGAGGCUACAAGUGGCACUGGUUGUUGGUAUUUGUGGCGGUGCCCCAUAUUCGCCGACCAAGGAAGAGAUCUUUCUGGGUGACGUGAUUAUCAGCGAUGCAGUGAUUGAGUACGACUUCGGCAGGCCAUACCGAGGUGGAUUUAUGCGGAAGACCGGCGUGAAAGAUACGCUUGGGAGACCAAAUCGAGAGAUCCAGUCUCUACUGGCAGGCCUCCAGCCGCAACAGUCCCGCAGGGUCUUUCGAGCUAAGAUGCUCCAGCAUCUGCGCGUAAUCCAGGCAGCACAACCUCGUUGGCGACAGCCGAGCUCUGCGGACGAUGUUCUGUAUGAGGCAUCCUAUGAACACAAGCAUUACGGUUCAGGUUCACCGCACUUGUGUAGCUGUCUUGACCAUACGUCCGAUGAAGUCUGCCAGGAAGCUCUGGACGCAAGUUGCAUCCUUCUAGGCUGUGCGCAGGACCAGAUCCAUCGACGUCGAGAAUAUCUGGAAAACUCCAGUCCAACUAUACAGAUCGGGACCGUUGCUUCUGCGGAUACUGUGAUAAUGUCCGGUGAGCAUCGUGAUGAUCUGGUCAAGUCCGAAGGCGUGAUUGGGUUCGAGAUGGAGGGUGCAGGGGUAUGGAACAACUUUUCCUGUAUCAUCAUUAAGGGGGUGUGUAACUAUGCAGACAGCCACAAGAAUAAGGCAUGGCAAGCGUAUGCAGCAGCAACUGGAGCCGCGACUGCUAAAGCUUUCCUGGAGUACUGGGACCCAACUGUCCGGGAAGAAACCAACGAAUUCUAUAUCCCGCUGGACUUAAAAGGAGUUCCUGCAAUCGAGGAGUUCAUCGGGCGAGAGAAAGAACUAUCCUGCCUAUGGAAGUAUCUACAACCGACAAGCGCGUGGACACGAAAGGUUGCUGUCCUCCAUGGUCUUGGUGGGAUUGGGAAAACGCAGCUAGCCAUUCACUUUGCGAGAAAACACAAAGAUGAUUUCACAGCGGUCUUCUGGCUAAGCGGCAAGGAUCGGUCUGCCUUAGUCUCAUCUUUGAGCUCUUGCCUGCCCCGGAUACAACAUCUUCCCGUGGAUAACCAGGUGGCCAAUGAAGAGGAAGCCGAACAAAGAGCGAAUCAAGUACUUCUGUGGCUAGCAAAGCCGGACAAUACUAGAUGGCUUAUUAUCUUCGACAACAUUGACCAAUACCCUCCGGUGCACGGCCACGACGACUCCAAAUACGACCUCUGCGAAUUCUUUCCAAGCGCAGACCAUGGAUCCAUCAUAAUUACAUCACGCCUUCAAGGACUGACUGAAUUAGGAAAGUCGUUUCCGGUUCAGAAGCUUUCGCACGAAGAUGCUACCCGGCUAUUGUUGCAAAGCAGUGGCUUGUCAACUGAAUACAUUCGGCGGACAGGGACUGAGCAAGACAUUACUGAGCUUGCGGGCCUGCUUGACGGGCUCUCGCUGGCAAUUGUCAUAGCUGGAGCGUUCAUGCGUCAAACUGGAACGAAUGCCAAGGAAUAUUUGGAGCUCUACCGGACUUCCUGGUCCGACUUGCGGUCUCAAUCAGGUCCCACACGCCACUAUCAACAAGGGAAUAUGGUACAGACGUGGAUGGUCACCUACCAAGAGAUCCAGAAAUGUGACCCAACAGCCGCGAAACUCUUGCUCUUACUCGCCUUUUUUGAUAAUCGGGAUAUCUGGUAUGAACUACUUCGAAAUAGUUUGAACUGUUCCGGGCUCCCACCAUGGUUUGAGAUGGCAGUGUCGAGUAAGUUGGUAUUCAAGACCAAGGUCAAAGCCUUAGUUGGAUUCUCGCUGGUUGAAACCAAACAGCAGGGCGGAAGCUACGCCCUGCACCCUGUGGUACAGGAUUGGUGCCAUUAUGUUGCAGAUUAUAGUAAUCUUACGAGCCAACUGCAUGAGCUGGCGCUGAUAUCUGUUGGAUACAUGGUCCCACACAACAGCGAGAGAGAAUAUGCAGAGAUUCAGCAGCGGUUACUUCCACAUGCCAAUUAUCUGAUUAGCAGAGAGAGGGACCAUUGGAAGGACGAUACGAUCGAUAUAUGGAAUGCUUUACACCGCAUAGCAGACCUCUACUCGGAUCAGGGAAUACUGAAAGAGGCCGAGAAGAUGUAUCAGCGAGCCCUGGCAGGCUAUGAGAAGGCACUGGGCCCUGGUCACUCAUCCACCCUUGACACAGUCAACAAUCUUGCGAAUCUCUAUAAGGCUCAGGGCAAGCUGAAAGAGGCCGAGGAGAUGCACCAGCGAGCCCUGACAGGCAAGGAGAAGGCACUGGGUCCUGACCAUUUGGAAACUCGUACAGCGGCAAACAAUCCGCUGUCUCUUACUGCUCUUCGGGCUGAUCAAGAUACCCCUCGUCACACAGGCACUGUUGCCCCCGUUGCACCAGACUUACUGCUGAAUACCCUCGGGGGCCACUCAACAAAACGCCGACGUAGAAGGUAG